AAUCCCCCGAUCUCUUCCUCGCUGGACCACAGCGAGUUGCUCGCACGAGCGCCCUCUUCCUCGAGUCCGGCAGUCAGAUUCGCUGCCCAAACCGACCGUGCGAGGCGAUCACGGAGCCGCCAUAGCUCGCCAUCGUCUCCUGAUUAGCUAUCCCCCUCCGUCUGUCCCGCCACAGUUGAUCGGAAUGGAAUCUGACGAGCGCCGGCGACCAGUCACCAUGCCGGGAACCGGAGGGCCGACCGUCCUGGACGACCUUCCCGAGUGGGUCGUCGUGGAAGAGAUUCUCAUCCGCUUGCUGCCCAAGGACAUCCUCCGCUGCCGCGCUGUCUGCAGGUGGUGGCACAGCGCCACCUCCACCAAGAAGUUCAUCCUGGAGCACCACCGCCGCCAGCCCUUGCUCCCGAUCCUCAGCCAAGUCAUCGACCCGCCACCGCCGGAAACCCACCUCUUAUUUUCCUUUGACGCCGGUGCAGGCCAGCAACAGCUCUGCCCUGUCAUCCAGACCUACUACCAUGAUACACUCCACGCUUCCCUUGAUGGCCUCCUCAUAUUCUCCCACAGAUCUGUGGUGUCUGAGUUCUUCAUCUGCAACCCGGUCAUCCGCAAGUGUGCCCCCCUAGCGAAGCCUCAAACCCAAGAGGUUUUUUUCCCCCGGAUUGUCGGCUUCUACCGGCACCAACCGUCCGGAGGAGAGUACCGGGUGCUUUGGGCCUCUACUAACGCACAUGACACAAAAACUUUCUACUACGCCACAGCAGUGGGAUCCGAUGGUACAAGAUACAUCGGACAAGGAUGCAUCCGAGAACCAACAUCCUCGUCCCCUUCCUUGGAAUUGGAGUUUGACAGGGGCCUGCCCGGUUCGUCAAUAUUGCCACCAGUCCACUACCAUGGCAGCCUGCACUGGACAAUUGAAAAACACCAAGGCUGGGAUGCUGACUACAUAAUGGUGUUCAACACAGCAUAUGAAACAUUUCGGUUGAUGUGUCGUCCUGCCCAGUUGCGCAACUGCUUACAUGAGACGUUGCUGGAGAUGGAUGACACUCUUGCUUUGUCCAGCAUCAGCCAUGACAAACGCACCAUAGAUAUUUGGCGGGUACAUGACUAUGAUGCCGAAAUCUGGUCUUUCAAGCAUCGGAUUAAUUUGACUGGGAUGGAUCCAUCAUCACUUGUCGAUCCAAAUCAUACAAUAAUCCCUAGGAUGGCUGUGCUCAAUAGGGGUGAGAUGCUGAUCCAGUUCACUCAUUGGUGCGUGUUGGAUUUUGACAUCAAUGGCAAAUUUUUAGGAUAUGUGAAAAGUGAAGAUGGCCAAGAAAUCUACUGGUGGGUUACCUGGCAUUACCUGCAGGAGAGCAUUAUUCCCCUUCCACUGUUCCAUGAGAUGAGAGAAGAUGAUGGUGCGAAUCAGUGGCGGAGCUAGACAGAAUUGGCUGGGGGGGCGAAUGGUAAAAUAUGAGUGCUUGGGAGGCCAAAAGCUAAAAUAUUUCUCAUCUAAACCCUCACAGUAGGGUUGUAGGAUGAUGUGCUUGAUCUGGAUGUUCUACACUUCUGGUUUGCUGUGCCAUUGUAGUAUCUAUUCUAUAUGAGCCUUAUCUUUUGUUCUUAGUUGGUCUUCUUAGUGCU